UGGAGUGCAAUCAAUCAAUCAGCGACCAUGCCUCCACGCCCCAAACGAGCCCCAGCAUGGAACACUUCCGAGCUGCAGGACCUCAUCAGUGUUUGGGGCGAGGAAGCUGUGCAAUCACAGCUGCGCUCCAGCCGUAGAAAUUAUGAUACCUAUGGGCAGAUAUCAAAGUCCUUGCUGCUAAGGGGCCAUGAACGGGAUGCAUUGCAGUGCAGGGUAAAAGUAAAGGAGCUGCGGAGUGCCUAUUGCAAAGCUCGUGAGGGAAACCGCCGCUCAGGAGCUGCCCCCACGACCUGCCGUUUUUACAAGGAUCUGGAUGCCAUACUUGGGUGUGACCCCACUGCCAAUCCGAGGAGCACGAUGGAGAGUUCAGAGCAGGGAGAAGUGGGGGAGGGUGUAGAGGAAGCUGAGAGUGAGGCUACUGGGGUGGAAGGAGACACCCCGGAGUCCCAGGAGGCAUGCAGCCAGGAGCUCUUCUCAAGCCAGGAGGAGGCUAGCCAGUCGCAGCAGCUGGAACUUGUUGGUGAAGAGGAAGCAGAGGAGCGUGUUCCCGUGUCCUUGAAUACUCCAGCCCUAUCACCGCCUGCGCGAAGACUACAGAACUUGAGGAAAAAUCCUAGAAAAUCAAAAGAAGAUUUGAUCAAAGCAGUUAUGAAUCAGUACGCCAGAGACAGUAAGAGGCUGCAGGACUGGAGAGAGAAAAUGCCUGAGUGGAGGCAAACACAGAGCAGGAGAAAGGAAUUGGCUACCAAGAAAAGCACAAAGCAGCUGAUAAGCCUCCUGGCUCGCCAUACGGACUGUAUGCAGUCUCUCGUAGCCAUGCAGGCAGAUCAGUACCGUGGUAACCCCCACCCCUCCCAAAGCUCUCUCCUUUGUUCCUCAGUGUUUGCACAAAACGCCUUUCUCCAGCAGCCUGGUUCUUACCACCACCAGCUGCCCCCAACACCUGUACGUUCACCUACCAGCCCUGAGAACUACAACCCUUACCCUAUGCACUCAACCCCCAUCACGAUGCAGCAUAUUAAUCCUGAAAUGCAGCAGGCAUUGAACAGCAAUCCAAGCAGGACAUAUUCAAACCUCUGAAUGUGCAGUCCACCACCCUACCUCC